CGUCCCGGCGCACCAUCGAGGAGGCGGCCGCCACCGGGAGCCCAGAGUGAGACUAUAAUUAUGGAACAGAAAUCCAGAAAAUGACAGAAAAACAUUAGUUGCCCUCUUCUAGGACAGUCAUGUUGGAAGGAUUGGUAGCCUGGGUCCUCAACACCUAUUUGGGCAAAUAUGUCAAUAACCUGAACACAGACCAACUUUCGGUCGCUCUUCUAAAGGGUGCUGUUGAAUUGGAAAAUUUGCCACUAAAGAAAGAUGCCUUGAAGGAACUGGAAUUACCAUUUGAAGUAAAGGCAGGUUUCAUUGGCAAAAUAACACUACAGAUACCUUUUUAUCGCCCACAUGUGGAUCCAUGGCUGAUAUCUGUCUCAAAACUGCACUUAAUUGGUGCACCAGAGAAAAAAGAAGAUUUUGAUGAGGAAAGGGAGAAGUUGCAAGAAAGAGAACACAAGAAAGCCCUUCUUCUAGCACUUGAAGAAAAAUGGAAAAAAGAACAACAACAGAAAGGGGAAUCUUACUGGUACUCAGUUACUGCAUCUGUAGUCACAAGAAUUGUAGAAAACAUUGAAUUAAAAAUUCAGGAUGUCCAUUUGAGGUUUGAAGAUGGUGUCACAAAUCCUUUGCAGCCAUUUGCAUUUGGCAUAUGCAUCAAAAAUGUAUCAAUGCAAAAUGCGGUAUUUGAACCAGUAGAGAAGCUGAUGCGGAAGAAACAGUUGGAUGUUGCCGACUUCAGUGUUUAUUGGGAUACUAACUGCACUUUAUUGGGUGACCUGCCUCCUGGUCAGCUACAGGAAGCAAUGGAUAAAAGUAUGGAAAGUCGUGAUCAUAACUACAUCAUGGAACCUGUGUGCACUUCCGCUCUUCUUAAGAGAAAUUGUUCUAAGGAGCCUUUAAGAUCACGCCAGACUCCACGGCUUGAGUGUGACAUUCAGCUUGAGACUAUACCCUUGAAGCUUUCACAGAUGCAGUAUCAGCAGAUCAUGGGAUUUUUAAAGGAACUGGCUAGAAAGGAACGACAGCUUAAAUUCAGGAAGUGGAGACCAAAGCUUACAGUAACAGAGAACUGCCGAGAAUGGUGGAUCUUUGCUUUGAAUGCUAAUCUUUCGGAGAUCAGGGAGCAGAGACAACGUUCUACCUGGGAGUUUGCAUUACAUCGGGCCCAAGAUGCGAUAUCUUACACUGACAUGUAUUACAGCAAGUUGAAGGGGGAACCACUGUCUACUGCAGAGCAGGCAGAAAUGCAUCGUAUUGAGGAUGAGCAAACUUAUGAAGAGUUGAAGAUACUAUAUGAGAUAGUUCAUGAUAAGUUUCAUGACCUAGCUGAGAGUGUUAAAGAGCCGCUGCCUGAUUCCCCUGGAGGUUCCCCUACAGCCGAAUCUGCACAUGGCAGUAGCUCUGGAAUGCUGCAGUAUCUUCAGUCUUGGUUUCCUGGUUGGGGAGGUUGGUAUGGAUAUGCUCAGCAAACAUACGAAGGUGAACCUUUUGAAGGGCUGCUGCCAGACCCAAAGGAACAGUGGAAUCCAGAAGACAUACUAGGUGCAGAUGAAUUUUUUGAUCCUGCUGCAGAUGCUUCUAGCAUGAAUACCUUUACAAAGAGAGAUCAUGUUUUUGCUAAAUUAAAUCUACAGUUGCAGGGUGGCUCUUUCACUCUGUUGCAUAAGGAGAAGAAGGUGGUACAGGCUGAGGAGACUGCUUUUAUGCAGCUGGAGUUUUCAGGUGUAAAGAUCUUAGCAGAAUCCCUUCCUCGCAGAAAUUCUUCCCUUCUCAAAGUUCAGCUUGGUGGUCUUUUUCUGAGGGAUUUGGCAACAGAAGGGACCAUAUUUCCUGUUCUUGUUUUCCCGAAUCCUCAGAAAGAGGUUGGCUGCAUGUCUUCCUUUGGACUCCAGAGUUUGUCCUCAGAAAUGACUAAUCAGAACACUGUUGCAGAUCCUGAUGCCGCAGUGUUUGAGAUGCUUUACGAAAGAAAUCCAAUCCACAGCAAUUUUGAGAGGCGCCUGGAAGUCAGUACCAGACCUCUAAAUAUUAUUUACAAUCCACAAGCCAUUAAGAAAGUAGCUGACUUCUUCUACAAGGGAAGGGUUCAUACCUCAGGUUUCGGAUAUCAAUCUGAGUUGGAGGCAAGAGUGGCUGAAGCUGCCAGAAGACAGUACAACAAGCUGAAAAUGCAGACAAAAGCUGAAAUCAGGCAAACCAUUGAUCGUUUACUAGUAGGAGACUUCAUUGAAAACAGCAAAAGCUGGACCGUGUGCCUUGAUAUUUCUGCCCCUCAGGUGAUCUUUCCUGAUGAUUUCAAAUUUGUGGAUCCAGUGUUAGUUGUUGUAGAUCUGGGAAGAAUAUUACUUACCAAUUCUCAAGAAGAAUCUAAAAGGAGUGCAGAUACUUUUUCUUCAGAAGUCAAUGAAUUGAGUGAUGAGGAAUAUAAAACACCUCUUGCAACUCCUCCCAAUACUCCACCACCAGAAUCUAACACUAAUAGUGGCAUCAAAAUGUCUGAAUUUACUGGAGUAGAAAUAAGUGAAGAGCAGCUACAAGCACACUUAAUGAGUAAAAAAAUGUAUGAGAGAUACACGCUUUCAUUUAUGGACCUUCAGAUCAUGGUGGGCCGAGUGAAAGACAACUGGAAACACGUUCAAGAUAGUGAUGUGGGUCCAACUCAUGUGGUAGAAAAAUUCAAUGUUCACUUGCAGUUGGAGCGCAGAUUGAUAUAUACAUCUGACCCAAAAUACCCAGGAGCUGUCUUGUCUGGCACUCUGCCAGACUUGAAAAUUCAUAUCAAUGAAGACAAAAUAUUGGCUCUGAAGAACUGUUGUACACAGCUGAGUACAUCUGAAACUAAGUCUUCUGAUGCCCUACAUUUAGGGAAAGACAAGAUAUUUGCAGAGGUAGACCAGCUUGGCAGUUUGCAUGAUUCUGUAAUGAAUCUAACACAGAGUGUUGUAAUGCUAGAGCAGCAUACCAGGGAAGUUCUUGUUGAAUCUCAGCUGCUUUUGGCUGAAUUCAAAGUAAACUGUAUGCAGUUGGGUGUUGAAAGUAAUGGACGAUAUAUCUCUGUACUCAAAGUUUUUGGCACCAAUGCCCAUUUUGUGAAAAGGCCAUAUGAUGCGGAAGUGUCGCUGACUGUUCAUGGUCUGUUACUCGUUGAUACUAUGCAAACAUAUGGAACAGAUUUUGAUCUUUUGAUGGCUUCUCAUAAGAAUCUGAGUUUUGAUGUGCCAACAGGAAGUCUUCGAGACAGCAGGGCUCAGUCCCCAGUUUAUGGACCAUAUGAUGCACAUCCCAUUGACGUAGCUAGUUUGGCAGAGAGAUGCACUACAGCCUCAAAUGCUUCAUCGGGUAACAAUGGAAAAGAUCAAGAAUCCCUGAUAAAAUUAGAGUAUCAGUUUGUGAGUGCAGAAUGCCCAUCGAUGAAUUUGGAUAGCAGUCUGCAGGUGAUCUCUGUACAGGUGAACAACCUGGAUAUCAUCCUUAAUCCAGAGACUAUUGUUGAACUGAUUGGGUUUCUGCAGAAGUCUUUCCCGAAGGAGAAGGAAGAUUCUAGUCCUCAGCCUUUAAUAACUGACUUGGAAAGAGAUUGGAGGGAACAGGAAACCUUCCAGUCUACUUAUGUACAGAAUACAGAGGUAGCAGUUGAUAUUCACUGGUUAAAUAUACUCCUCCUCAGGACAGUUGGCAUGACAAAUGGAGAAAAAUAUGGCAGAAAAAUUGCAACAGCCAGUAUUGGUGGCACCAAAGUCAAUGUCUCUAUGUGUAGUAAAUUUGAUGUAAAUGGCUCUCUUGGAUGCCUUCACCUUAUGGACCUAACACAAGAUAGUGUUAAGAACCAGUAUGUUGUCAGCAUAGGGAAUACGGUAAGGUACGAAAAUCUCAUUGGUGAUGUAGAUUACUUUGAAUCUUUAUUCUUUAGGCUUGAUGAUGGAAAUAGCCUUCCAGAUGCUUUAAGUUUCACUUUCACAGAAAAGUCAAAAGAGGAGUGUUCCCUCAACCUCAAAAUGGCCUCCUUACACUACAACCACUCAGCUAAAUUUUUGAAAGAACUAACUUUGUCAAUGGAUGAAUUGGAAGAGAAUUUCCGCAGCAUGCUGAAAAGUGCAGCUUCAAAAGUUACUACAGUCUUGGCAACUAAAACUGCUGAAUACAGUGAAAUGGUUUCUUUGUUUGAUACAACACCACGAUCAAGAGAUGUUGCCAACUUAGAAGAUAAUGAAGGCUGUGCAUUUGGAUCACAGCCUCUCAAAACUGAUACUAUUAAGCUUAUAUUAAAUGUAAACAUUGAAUCACCGAUUGUCUCAAUACCUCGAAAGCCUGGUAGCUCUGAACUGCUUGUAGGUCAUCUAGGACAAAUAUCAAUUCAGAAUUUUGUACCAGGAGAAGAUGAAUCUACAAGUGAUAGACUGCAAGUUGAAAUUAAAGAUAUUAAAAUGUAUUCUUUGAAUAGCGGUCAAUUUACAAGCAAGAAGGAGUCUGCAAGUGAAAUAUCUCAUGGGCUGCAUUCUUCUUCAGGUCCCGCCAGUAUUAAUAGCCAGGAAGAAUCCCAUUUUACUCGUCAUGACUUCUUUGAAUCAUUACAUAAAGGGCAUGCUUUCCACAUUCUGAAUAACACCACCAUCCAGUUUAAAUUGGAAAAGAUACCACUAGAGAGAGAUUUGGAUUUAUCUUUUCCUCUAAGUAAUGAGGACUUUGGAAUAUCAAGCAUUAUGAAGAUUGAAGGGAAAUUUGUGAACCCUCUUCAGGUGGUAUUGGCAAAACACGUUUAUGAACAAGUCCUGCAGACUCUGGAUAAUUUAAUUUACAGUGAAGACUUGAACAAAUUUCCAACCACUUCUGUAUCUUCAGCUUGUCAUAGUUCUCCUUCAGCGUCACUUCAGAGUACAGGCACAGAAUUCUCAAGUGAAAGGAAGGAAAAUGGCUUAUUCAGCCAUUCUAGUUUUAAUUCUGUUCCAAAGAAGUCACUAGCUAUCAGGGAAACAAAGUCUUUUACUCAGAUUCAAGCAAACUUUCGUAUCUCAGAGCUCCAGGUUCAGUUAAGCGGUGAUCUUACACUUGGUGCACAAGGCCUUGUCAGCCUUAAGUUUCAGGAUUUUGAUGUUGAGUUUGCUAAAGAUCAUCCUCAGACUUUGUCUAUUCAGAUUGCCUUGCGUUCUCUGCUAAUGGAAGAUCUUCUGGAAAAAAACCCAGACUCUAUGUAUAAGAAUCUCAUGGUGUCCCGUGGAGCACCCAAGCCAUCCAGUUUAGCACAUAAGGAAUAUCUUUCACAGUCUUGUCCCUCAGUAUCCAAUGUAGAAUAUCCAGAUAUGCCACGUUCCCUACCUUCCCAUAUGGAAGAAGCACCUAAUGUCUUUCAGCUAUACCAAAGACCAGUUUGUGCCUCCCGUAAGAAGCAAAAGGAAGAUGCUGAUUCUGAGUAUCCUCUGACUCCACCUCCUUCUCCAACAGCAGGCAGAUCCAAGUUGCCCUGUGGAAAAAGUAACUUUGAUGAUUCAUUAGUUCAUAUCAAUAUAUUUCUAGUGGAUAGGAAACAUCCUGAGUUUUCUUCUCACUAUAACAAAAUUAACCGUAGUGUAGAUGUUGAUUUUAAUUGUCUAGAUGUCUUAAUAACUUUGCAAACUUGGGUAGUGAUACUGGAUUUCUUUGGGAUUGGAUCCACUGCUGAUAACCAUGCUAUGAAGCUGCAGCCUGAAGAUACUCAGCAGACAAUCAAAUCAGAAAUAAAUACCUUGUCAGCUUCUCAAGCCCAAGAGCCCGUAAACACUAAGCUGGAUCUGAAGGUCCAUUCUUUAUCGUUAGUACUGAAUAAGACAACUAGUGAGCUUGCUAAAGCCAGCGUGUCAAAACUUGCAGCUCACUUGGAAGUGAUUGAGGGAGAUUUAGCCCUGCAAGGAAGUAUUGGAAGUCUGUCCUUAAGUGAUCUUACAGCUCAUGGAGAAUUCUACAGAGAACGUUUCACUACAAGUGGUGAAGAAGCACUCAUUUUCCAAGUCUAUAAAUAUGGGAGGCAAGAUCCGUUACUACAGAGAGAGUGUGAUAUUCGUGUCACUCUGCGAAUGGCAUCUGUUCAGUAUGUGCAUACUCAGCGUUUCCAGGCAGAGGUGGUGUCUUUCAUCCAACAUUUUACUCAGCUUCAGGAUGUCUUGGGGCGGCAAAGAGCAGCAAUUGAAGGACAAACAGUAAGAGAUAAAGCACAGCGAGCUUCCCGAGUUCUUCUUGAUAUUGAGGCUGGUGCUCCUGUUCUGCUUAUACCCGAAAGCUCAAAGUCUAAUAGUCUUAUUGUAGCUAAUCUUGGAAAACUGAAAGUCAAGAACAGAUUUCUGUUUGCGGGUAUGCCGGGUACUUUUUCAUUAAAGAACAAGGAUUCAGUUCAAUUUUCAUCUCCUUUGGGAACCCCGAAACAUACCAUGAAGAAAACAACAAGUGCUGAUGAAUCAAAAGUAGUGAUGGAAGGAUUGUUCAUGAAAAAAUCAUCAGGAACAAACAUUUCUAGGCUGAAGAGUGAGCCUAUGCUGAAUACAUUGAGUAAGCAACAAGGGCAACAAUCAAAGCUACCUAUUGUACCAAACUCUGACAGCCCAGAGGAUCACAUCUGCCUCUUAGACUGCAUUGUGGUUGAUCUGCAGGACAUGGACAUAUUUGCUGCAGAAAGAUAUCAGAGAGAGUAUUCAAAGGCUGUGGAAGAUACUAGUGCGGACUUGAGCUUUCCAUCCUACUUCGUGAGGCAGACAGGAGGAAGCCUAUUAACAGAACCUUUCAGACUGAAGUUACAAGUAGAGAGAAACUUAGACAAAGAGCUAAGUCAUGCAGUUGCAGACAUAUCGAUACAUGGCAAUCUGUCAUCAGUCCAUUGCUCUCUGGAUUUGAAUAAGUAUAAACUGAUACGCGGACUGCUGGAGAACAACCUUGGGGAGCCUAUAGAAGAGUUCAUGCGGCCUUACGAUUUGCAGGAUCCAAGAAUUCAUACAGUUUUGAGUGGAGAAGUGUAUACUUCUAUGUCGUUCCUCAUUGACAUGGUUAAUGUGAGUCUGGAACUGAUGGAUCCAAAAGGAAAAGAUGGACGCAGCUCUUUAGCCAGGUUUGAUUUUAAGAAAUCCAAGUUGCUUUUUGAAAGCUCUUCAAAUGGAACAAAGUCUGUAAAUUUGGUUUCUCAUUCCAUGAUGGCAUUUGACACACGUUAUGCUGGACAGAAGUCUACUGCAGGCACACCGAAUGUGUUUAAUUGCAUCUUCCAGUCAUCAAAGAAUACUAGUAGUCCAGGAGCAAUCCAGAUUGAAUUGCACUUCAGGUCUACUAAGGAUUCCUCCAGUUUCACAGUUGUUCUGAACAAUCUUCGUGUAUUUCUAAUAUUUGACUGGUUGUUACUUGUUCAUGACUUCUUAUAUACUCCUGGAGAUACCAAAAAGCGGGAAAGUCACCCUUCUUCCCGGCAGCGAACUUAUAGCAGUGAAACAACUGUAGUUCCAAAAACGGUGAAAAGUGGAGUAGUUACAAAACGUUCAUCGCUACGUGUGUCUGCAGAAAAACAACUGGAAGUUAAGGUUAAUGUGACAGGAACUGAAUUUGUGGUCGUUGAAGACGUGUCUUGUUUCGAUACCAAUGCAAUUAUUUUGAAGGGGACUACUGUUCUCACUUACAAGCCCAAGUUGUUAGAUCGUCCUUUCUCUGGUAGUUUGUUUGGCAUUGAGGUUUUUUCAUGCCGGUUAGGAAAUGAGCAAGAGACCGCGCUGUCAAUUAUUGAUCCAGUACAAAUUCAGAUGGAACUUGUUGGGAAUGCUUCCUACCCAAGUGGUUCAGGACUGUUGGAUGCUUUCAAUAGUGAGGAUUUUCCACCUAUUCUAGAGAUUCAGUUGCAAGCACUGGAUAUCAGACUGUCUUACAAUGAUGUUCAACUGUUCUUGGCAAUUGCGAAGUCAAUUCCUCAACAGACUAGUGCAGCUAUGCCUGACUCAACUGUAUCGAUUGCUGAAAAUACUGCUAAUCCUUCCAGUUUAGCACUGGUGAAUGAGACUUCUUCCUUGACACUUGAAAACAGAGAAAUAUCCAAACGUGUGUUGGAUCCUGUUCUUGAGGUACAGCUAGCUCGCCUCCAGGAGUUGGGAUUCGGCAUGGAAGAUUGUCGUAAAGCUCUUUUGAUCUGCCAAGGUGACUUGAAAAAAGCAGCGAGUUGGUUAUUUAAGAAUGCUGAACCUUUGAAAUCAGUUUCCCUGACCUCUUCUGGUCGAGAUAGCCAGGGGAUUGUGCCUUUUCAGUUCAUCUCUGGAGUGGAAAUAAAAGCGGAAAGUAUAUGCAUUUGCUUUAUUGAUGACUGCAUGGACUGUGACGUUCCCCUCGCUGAGUUAACCUUUUCACGUUUGAAUUUUCUCCAACAUUUGAGAGCCAACCCUGAAGGCUACGCUCAUUUUACCCUCUCUGGAGAUUAUUACAAUCGUGAGCUUUCAGGCUGGGAGCCAUUUAUUGAGCCAUGGCCAUGUUCAGUUUCUUGGCAACGACAAGCUUCAAGCCGCCUCCACCCUUCCCGACUGAAGCUGGAAGUAAAGGCUAAACACCGUUUGGAUAUAAACAUUACCUCUGUCUUCAUAGAACAAUACACAUGUACCAAACAGUCAUGGAUGGAAGAUUACUGUAAACAGGACAAAGAAGUGAAUGUAAUCAGUUCAGAAGACUGGAUGGGUUCUUCGGUGGAUCCACCAUGUUUUGGGCAGAGCCUUCCUCUUGUCUACCUUAGAACUAGGAGUACAGCCAGUUUGACUAACCUAGAGCAUCAAAUCUAUGCUAGAGCUGAAAUGAAGACUCCAAAACGUAGGCAGCCAUUUGUCCCGUUUGCUCUAAGAAAUCAUACUGGAUGCACUCUGUGGUUUGCUACCCUAACUACAACACCCACCCGAGCUGCACUGUCUCACAGUGGGAGUCCAGGUGUUGUUCCUGAGGAAAACGGGACAUUGCUGGGUGAUGCCCAUAAUGUCAGUGAAUGGCAAGAAGUUAUCACUGGGGAAGAGAUUCCAUUUGAGUUUGAAGCCAGAGGGAAACUCAGACACAGGCACACACAUGAUCUAAGAAUUCAUCAGUUGCAAGUGAGAGUAAAUGGCUGGGAAGAAGUCAGUCCAGUAUCUGUAGACAAAGUUGGAACUUUUUUCCGAUAUGCUGCACCGGAUAAGAACUCAUCCUCUUCUACUCUUGGAAGCCCAAUAAGUAGAACAAAUAUAAUACAUCCACAAGUCUAUUUUUCUUCAUUGCCUCCAGUUCGUGUGGUAUUUGAAGUUACCAUGGAAGGUAGCGCUCGGAAAGUGAUAACAGUGCGCUCAGCCUUGAUUGUGAAGAACAAGCUGGAAACACCAAUGGAACUAAGACUAGAUAGUCCUUCUGCUCCUGACAAACCUGUAGUUCUUCCAGCAGUUAUGCCAGGAGAUUCCUUUGCUAUUCCAUUACAUCUUACAUCUUGGCGUUUGCAAGCCAGGCCAAAAGGAAUGGGAGUCUUUUUCUGUAAGGCUCCAAUUCAUUGGACUAAUGUUCAGAAGACAGCAGAAGUAUGUAGCAGCAAGCGAGAGUGUCAUUCAAUGGAGUCUGAAAUUAGCCGAUUUUUCAGGUUUUGUGUGGCUAUAAAGAAAGAAAAUUAUCCGGAUUACAUGCCUUCCAACAUAUUUUCUGACAGCGCUAAACAGAUUUUCAGACAGCCUGGGCAUACUAUUUAUCUGUUGCCAACGGUGGUAAUCUGUAACUUGCUACCUUGUGAACUCGAGUUCUAUGUUAAAGGAAUGCCAAUUAAUGGGACGUUAAAACCUGGCAAAGAGGCAGCAUUGCACACAGCUGAUACAUCCCAGAACAUUGAGCUUGGGGUACUGCUAGAAAACUUCCCGAUCUGCAAAGAGCUGUUGAUUCCUCCUGGGACACAAAACUAUAUGGUGCGGAUGCGAUUGUAUGAUGUCAACAAACGACUGCUAAAUUUGACCAUAAGGAUUGUAUGUCGUGCUGAAGGUUCUCUAAAAAUACUAAUUUCAGCACCUUAUUGGUUAAUCAACAAAACAGGAUUACCGCUUAUCUUCAGACAAGACAAUGCAAAAACAGAUGCUGCAGGUCAGUUUGAAGAACACGAGCUUGCUAGAAGCCUCAGCCCACUUCUAUUCUGUUAUGCUGAUAAAGAACAGCCAAACCUUUGUACAAUGCGGGUUGGAAAAGGAAUCCAUCCUGAAGGUAUGCCUGGCUGGUGCCAGGGUUUCUCCCUGGAUGGUGGUAGUGGUGUCAGAGCCCUUAAAGUGAUCCAACAUGGAAACCGGCCAGGCCUCAUUUAUAACAUUGGUAUUGAUGUUAAAAAAGGCAGAGGCCGUUAUAUUGAUACAUGCAUGGUAACAUUUGCGCCCCGUUACCUAUUAGAUAAUAAAUCAACCUACAAGCUUGCCUUUGUUCAGCGGGAAUUUGCCAGAGGUCGGGGAACAUCCAAUCCUGAUGGCUAUAUUUCCACACUUCCUGGUUCCAGCGUCGUGUUCCACUGGCCACGUAACGAUUAUGAUCAACUAUUAUGUGUGAGACUAAUGGAUGUCCCAAACUGCAUUUGGUCUGGGGGCUUUGAAGUCAACAAAAACAACUCGUUCCAUAUUAAUAUGAGGGACACCCUGGGAAAAUGCUACUUCUUAAGAGUGGAAAUUACUCUUCAAGGAGCCACAUACCGCGUUGCGUUCAGUGACACAGAUCAGUUGCCGCCACCUUUCCGCAUAGACAAUUUUUCCAAGGUCCCAGUUGUUUUUAAUCAGCACGGUGUUGUUGAGCCAAGACUGUACACUGAAGUGAAGCCCAUGACCUCUCUGGAUUAUGCAUGGGAUGAACCUAUUCUACCACCUUUUAUAAUGCUGACAGUUAAAGGGGCAGGCUCCUCAGAAAUCGUCUGUAGCAUGAAUGACUUCCAAGAUAGCAAGCAGCUUUACUAUGAAAACUUCAUUUAUAUUGCUGCUACAUACACUUUCUCAGGUUUGCAGGAGCCAAGUGUAAGACCAGUUGCUUCGAGUAAGGAUGCUGCAUAUGCAGAGCUUGUCCUUGAUGUCUCUCCAAAGACUCAACGAGUGGUACUGAAAAAGAAGGAGCCAGGAAAACGAUCCCAGCUUUGGAGAAUGACAGGCACAGGAAUGCUUUGCCAUGAAGGUUCUUCAGUUCCUCAUAACCCCCAUAAACCUUCUCCUCGGUCUGUGGACUCUUGUAUGAUUUUAGAUAUUGCAGGCCUGGCAGCUGUCACAGAUAACAGGUACGAGCCCCUGAUGUUGAGAAAGCCUGAUCGACGGCGCAGCACUACCCAGACAUGGAGUUUUCGUGAUGGAAAGCUGACCUGUGGUAUUCAUGGACUUGUUGUCCAGGCAAAGGGAGGAAUACUAGGUCUUCAUGAUGGAGCAGAAGUUGUUCUUGGUCCUGAUACUUCACUUGAACUUUUGGGGCCAGUUCCACCUGAACAGCAGUUCAUGAACCAAAAGAUGAGGCCUGGCUCAGGAGUACUAGCUGUUAGAGUCAUCCCGGAUGGGCCAACUAGAGUUCUACAGAUAACCGAUUUUAACCAACGUAGAAACGAUCGUUUAUCCAGUGAAGAUGAACUUCCAGUUACAGAACAAGAUCUACGCAAGUUAAAAAAUCCAGAUACAGAGCAGGAGUUAGAAGUGCUUGUGAAACUGGAAGGUGGAAUAGGAUUGUCUUUGGUCAACAAAGUUCCUGAAGAGCUAGUAUUUGCAAGCCUCACAAGAAUUCACGUCCACUACACACAACUGUCGACAAGUCAAGUGCUAGAGCUCAGUGUGCAAGACAUACAGGUGGACAACCAGCUUAUUGGCACCACACAGCCUUUUAUGCUCUUUCUGACGCCUAAGAUGAGUGAAAAUGAACCUGUGGAGACUGGUCCUGCUGUGCAAGUAAACGCAAUGAAAUUUCCCAGUAAAAAUGCACUGACUGAUAUAUACAAGCAUCUGAUGAUCACUGCUCGAAAGUUCACAGUUCAAAUUGAGGAGAAACUACUUCUGAAGCUAUUGAGUUUCUUUGGCUAUGAUCAGUCUGAAUCAGAGGUUGAAAAGUAUGAUGAAAACCUCCAUGAAAAGGUUGUUGAACAAAGUGGAGGACAAAAGCGAUACUACUUUGAAAAUCUGAAAAUCAGUGUGCCUCAAAUAAAGUUGAGUGUCUUCACUUCUAACAAGCUGCCUUUGGAUCUCAAGGCAUUGAAAAGCACCCUGGGAUUUCCUCUAAUCCGAUUUGAAGAUGCUGUGAUUGAUCUGGAUCCUUUCACUAGGGUCCAUCCAUAUGAAACUCAGGAGUUUAUCAUGAAUGACAUUCUGAAACACUUUCAAGAGGAGCUGCUUAGUCAGGCAGCAAGGAUUCUAGGUUCUGUGGAUUUCCUUGGCAACCCUAUGGGUCUGUUGAAUGAUGUUUCAGAAGGUGUUACUGGACUUAUAAAAUACGGCAAUGUUGGUGGUCUCAUAAGAAAUGUCACACAUGGAGUAUCAAACUCUGCUGCAAAGUUUGCUGGGACCUUGUCAGAUGGUUUGGGAAAGACAAUGGAUAACAGACAUCAGACUGAACGAGAAUACAUUCGAUACCAUGCUGCAACUAGUGGAGAACAUCUUGUAGCUGGAAUCCAUGGACUUGCACAUGGUAUCAUUGGAGGACUGACAAGUGUAAUAACUUCAACAGUUGAAGGUGUGAAGACUGAAGGAGGUGUCAGUGGUUUCAUAUCAGGCCUUGGGAAGGUGGUUGGCACAGUAACCAAACCGGUGGCUGGAGCUCUGGAUUUCGCAUCGGAAACUGCGCAGGCAGUGAGGGACACUGCAACUCUAAGCGGCCCCAGGACACAAGCGGAGAGAGUGAGAAAGCCACGCUGCUGCAGAGGACCUCAAGGGCUCUUGCCCCGCUAUUUAGAAAGUCAAGCAGAAGGACAAGAACAGCUGUUCAAACUGACGGACAACAUCCAAGAUGAGUUCUUCAUAGCAGUGGAGAACAUAGACAGCUAUUGUGUUCUCAUUUCAUCUAAAGCUGUUUAUUUCCUAAAGAGUGGUGAUUACACAGACCGCGACGCCAUCUUCCUAGAAGUCAAGUAUGAUGAUCUCUACCACUGCCUUGUUUCAAAAGACCAUGGGAACGUGUAUAUACAGUUGACGAAGAAAGCUGUUAAUACAAGUAGCGGUGUAGCAAUGCCAGGCCCAUCACAACAAAAACCAAUGGUGAAAGUGAAAUCUGAAGUUCUUGCAGUAAAGCUAUCUCAAGAAAUAAACUAUGCAAAGAGCCUUUAUUACGAACAACAGCUUAUGUUAAGACUCAGUGAAAACCAGGAACAGCUAGAGCUGGACUCUUGAAACCUUUUCCUCACUGCCAGAGUGAACUGCAAGUACCAGUCUGGAGCCGAUGGUAUUCUCUAACUAGAGAAAGUACUACAUGGGAAGGAAAUAAAUACGAUUUCAGUAUUUAGCUAAAUGGAAUCAUUGUGCAAAAGAAAAUAAGUAAGG